UCACGUGACGGCGGCGCUGGGGCUCAGCGAUGGCGGAGGUGGCGGCCGCUCCCGCUGCGCCCGCGAUCCGGAGCCCCCGGCGCUGAGCCGGAGCCGCUCCGAACCGGCUGCCGGACCUGUCUUCCCUUUUCCCCUUCCUUCCUUCUUUCCUUUUUCGCCCGCCAUGGCCGAGACGGCGGCCUCGGGUGUUUCCUCGCUGCCCCGCGAGGUCCGCGAGCAGCUGGCCGAGCUGGAGCUGGAGCUCUCUGAAGGGGACAUCACACAGAAGGGGUAUGAGAAGAAGAGAGCAAAGCUUCUGGCUCCCUAUGUUCCACAAACCCAAGGAGCUGAUCCAGUGUUACAGAAGGAAGCCAGAACUCAGAUGCCUGCUCCAUCUGCAGCUCCAGCCUCAGCAGCACCAUCCUCAUCCUCAUCCAAAUAUCACCGAGGUCGCUCAGGGGGGGCCCGAGAUGAACGCUAUCGAUCUGAUAUCCACACGGAAGCUGUCCAGGCAGCACUGGCCAAACACAAAGAACAGAAAAUGGCUCUGCCUAUGCCAACCAAAAGACGUUCUACGUUUGUUCAGUCUCCAGCUGAUGCCUGCACUCCCCCAGACACAUCUUCUGCAUCCGAGGACGAGGGGUCGCUAAGGCGCCAAGCUGCUCUUUCUGCUGCAUUGCAUCAGAGCUUACAGAAUGCUGAGUCUUGGAUCAACCGAUCUAUUCAGGGGUCAUCCACAUCUUCAUCAGCAUCUUCUACACUUUCCCAUGGAGAAGGCAAAGGGACCAGUGGGUCACUAGCUGAUGUAUUUGCCAAUACUCGAAUAGAAAAUUUCUCAGUUCCCCCAGAUGUCACAGCAACUACCUCCUCUUCCUCAGCACGCCCAGCAGCGAUUGAUCUCCCUCCUUCAGGGAUUGUGAAAGGAAUGCACAAGGGAUCCAAUCGUUCUAGUCUCAUGGAUACUGCUGAUGGUGUUCCUGUGAGUAGCAGAGUCUCCACGAAAAUUCAGCAGUUGCUUAAUACCUUGAAAAGACCUAAAAGACCACCCCUGAAAGAAUUUUUCGUGGAUGAUUUUGAAGAAAUUGUGGAAGUUCCCCAGCCUGACCCAAACCAGCCCAAACCAGAGGGCCGACAGAUGACACCUGUGAAGGGAGAACCCCUGGGGGUUGUUUGCAACUGGCCUCCUGCCUUAGAAGCCGCACUGCAGCGCUGGGGUACCACCCAAGCUAAAUGCCCCUGUCUGACAGCACUGGAUGUUACAGGAAAACCAGUUUACACCCUCACAUAUGGCAAAUUGUGGAGCAGAAGCCUCAAGCUGGCCUACACACUGCUUAAUAAACUGGGGACCAAAAAUGAACCCGUGUUAAAACCUGGAGAUAGGGUAGCCCUUGUUUAUCCCAACAACGACCCAGUCAUGUUUAUGGUGGCAUUUUAUGGCUGUCUCCUAGCAGAAGUCAUCCCAGUGCCUAUAGAGGUACCUCUUACCAGAAAGGAUGCUGGUGGUCAGCAGAUUGGUUUCCUGCUGGGAAGCUGCGGCAUCGCUUUGGCCCUCACCACUGAAGUUUGUCUGAAGGGGCUUCCAAAAACCCAAAAUGGAGAAAUCGUGCAGUUUAAAGGUUGGCCCAGACUCAAAUGGGUUGUGACAGAUUCAAAAUACCUCUCCAAAUCUCCUAAGGACUGGCAGCCCAACAUCUCAGCUGCAGGAACUGAGCCAGCAUAUAUUGAGUACAAGACAAGCAAAGAGGGCAGUGUCAUGGGUGUCACAGUGUCCAGGAUUGCCAUGCUGUCUCACUGUCAAGCCUUGUCUCAGGCCUGCAACUAUUCUGAAGGUGAAACUAUAGUGAAUGUUUUGGAUUUCAAGAAGGAUGCAGGGCUGUGGCAUGGGAUUCUAACGAAUGUAAUGAACAAGCUCCAUACUAUCAGUGUGCCCUAUUCUGUGAUGAAAACCUGUCCACUCUCAUGGGUGCAGAGAGUUCAUGCCCACAAAGCAAAAGUGGCUUUAGUCAAGUGUCGAGACUUGCACUGGGCCAUGAUGGCCCAUCGAGACCAAAGAGAUGUCACCCUGAGCUCCCUUCGAAUGCUGAUUGUAACUGAUGGUGCAAAUCCUUGGUCUGUUUCCUCAUGUGAUGCCUUCCUGAGCUUGUUUCAGAGCCAUGGGCUUAAACCAGAGGCAAUUUGUCCAUGUGCAACCUCUCCAGAAGCAAUGACCAUUGCAAUCAGGAGGCCUGGGGUCCCUGGGGCACCUUUGCCUGGAAGAGCCAUCUUGUCCAUGAAUGGGCUGAGUUUUGGUGUCAUUCGUGUCAACACUGAAGAUAAAAACUCUGCUCUCACUGUCCAGGAUGUUGGCCAUGUGAUGCCAGGAGGAAUGAUGUGCAUAGUGAAACCUGAUGGGCCACCUCAGCUCUGUAAAACAGAUGAGAUUGGUGAAAUCUGUGUUAGCUCCAGAGCAGGAGGAAUGAUGUAUUAUGGGCUGGCAGGCGUGACAAAGAAUACAUUUGAGGUCAUCCCUGUGAACUCUGCUGGCUCUCCAGUGGGUGAGGUACCAUUUGUCCGUUCCGGCUUGCUGGGGUUUGUUGGACCUGGCAGUUUGGUGUUUGUGGUUGGAAAAAUGGAUGGAUUGCUGACAGUCAGUGGGCGUCGACACAAUGCAGAUGACAUCGUAGCAACUGGAUUGGCAGUAGAGUCAAUAAAAACAGUUUACAGAGGAAGGAUUGCUGUGUUCUCAGUGUCUGUCUUCUACGAUGAGAGGAUUGUGGUGGUUGCAGAGCAGAGGCCAGAUGCAUCUGAAGAGGACAGUUUUCAGUGGAUGAGUCGAGUGCUGCAGGCAAUUGACAGCAUUCACCAAGUGGGUGUAUAUUGCCUUGCUCUUGUGCCAGCCAAUACAUUGCCAAAAACUCCACUGGGAGGGAUCCAUAUCUCACAAACCAAACAGCACUUUCUGGAGGGCUCUCUUCACCCGUGUAACAUCCUCAUGUGCCCACACACCUGUGUGACAAACUUGCCAAAGCCCAGGCAGAAACAACCAGGUGUUGGCCCUGCCUCUGUGAUGGUGGGGAACCUGGUUGCUGGGAAGCGUAUUGCUCAAGCCUCUGGAAGAGACCUUGGUCAAAUAGAAGACAAUGAUUUAGUUAAGAAGCACCAGUUCCUGACAGAGGUCUUGCAGUGGAGAGCCCAAGCAACUCCUGACCACCCACUUUUCCUUUUAUUAAAUGCCAAGGGAACCACUGUGUGCACAGCCACCUGCCUUCAGUUGCACAAAAAAGCAGAGAGAAUUGCAUCAGUUCUGUGUGACAAAGGACAUCUCAAUGCAGGAGACAAUGUGGUGCUUCUUUAUCCUCCUGGCAUUGAGCUGAUCACAGCCUUCUAUGGGUGUUUGUAUGCUGGCUGCAUCCCUGUCACCGUGAGACCUCCUCAUGCUCAGAGCCUCACUGCUACUCUGCCCACUGUGCGAAUGAUCGUGGAAGUCAGCAAAGCUGCUUGUAUUCUCACAACACAGACCUUAAUGAGACUCCUGAAAUCCAGAGAGGCAGCUGCUGCUGUGGAUGUGAAAACCUGGCCAACCAUCAUUGACACAGAUGACUUGCCCAGGAAGCGACUGUCUCAGAUCUACAAGCCACCUACACCUGAAAUGUUGGCAUAUCUAGAUUUUAGUGUCUCCACAACAGGCAUGCUCACAGGAGUAAAGAUGUCCCAUGCAGCAGUGAGUGGCCUCUGCAGGGCAAUCAAGCUCCAGUGUGAGCUCUACUCCUCUCGACAGAUUGCAAUUUGUCUGGACCCCUAUUGUGGAUUAGGUUUUGUGCUCUGGUGCCUUUGCAGUGUGUAUUCUGGACACCAGUCAAUUUUAAUUCCUCCUAUGGAGCUGGAAUCCAAUCUUUUUCUCUGGUUAUCUACUGUCAGCCAGUAUAAAAUAAGGGACACUUUCUGUUCCUAUUCAGUCAUGGAACUGUGCACAAAGGGACUUGGAAACCAAGUUGAAAUGUUAAAGGCACGAGGAAUUAAUCUCUCCUGUGUCCGGACUUGCGUGGUCGUUGCAGAGGAACGGCCCCGAGUUUCUCUCACUCAUUCCUUCUCCAAACUCUUCAAAGACAUUGGCCUGUCCUCUCGUGCUGUAAGCACCACCUUUGGCUCCAGAGUCAACGUUGCAAUCUGUUUACAGGGAACAUCUGGACCUGAUCCCACCACGGUGUAUGUAGAUCUGAAAUCCUUGAGACAUGACAGAGUACGCCUUGUGGAAAGGGGAGCUCCACAAAGCCUGCUGCUUUCAGAAUCUGGGAAGAUUUUACCUGGAGUCAAAGUAGUCAUUGUUAAUCCUGAGACAAAAGGACCUCUUGGAGAUUCUCACCUUGGGGAGAUUUGGGUGAACAGUCCACACACAGCCAGUGGCUACUACACCAUCUAUGACAACGAAACCCUUCAAGCUGAUCAUUUCAACACUCGUUUGAGCUUUGGUGAUGCUGCUCAGACACUUUGGGCUCGGACUGGGUACCUUGGGUUUGUUCGUCGGACGGAGCUGACGGCUGCCAGUGGAGAGCGCCACGAUGCACUGUACGUUGUUGGAGCACUGGAUGAAACUCUGGAGCUGAGGGGACUGCGUUACCACCCCAUUGACAUUGAGACCUCUGUAUCUCGAACACACAGGAGCAUUGCUGAAUGCGCCGUAUUCACGUGGACCAACUUGCUCGUGGUUGUCGUGGAGUUGUGUGGCUGUGAACAGGAAGCCCUGGAUUUAGUUCCUCUGGUUACAAACGUGGUCCUGGAAGAACAUUACCUAAUUGUGGGAGUGGUGGUGGUAGUGGAUCCUGGAGUUAUUCCUAUCAAUUCCAGAGGAGAGAAGCAACGAAUGCACCUCCGCGACAGCUUCCUGGCUGACCAGUUAGACCCCAUCUACGUCGCCUAUAACAUGUAACCUGUGUGUGGGAAUGAUGGGCAGAAACCUGGCAGGACCACUAAAUGACAAAGGGUGGCUAUAGAAAUAUGAAGCUGGUGAAAAUUACUAAUACUUGAUCUAAAGUUUGAGAUUGCUGCCACAUUCCCUUCAUCUCAUCCCGUGGUAUUAAGAUCCCCUUAAGUACCGAGGGGCAAAAGGAAACGUGGUGGCAAUGGAAAACAUUUGUAACAGUUUACUGAAAUAUUAGCUUUAUAGAAAAUGCAAAGUUGACAAGUGUGUGAGCUACAAAAUUCCUAAGGCCUUUACAGUAGUGUUACUUUUUUCAUCUGUUGUACAUAUUUGUAUUUUUAUCUAAUACUGUUUUAGGAUUCUGUAAGGGGAGGGUUUAUUUAGUUAAGAUAAUAACUAUUAAGAAAAGGGUCAACAGAGUUCUGCAUUUCCCUUCUAUAUAAUGUACUUUGCAUCUGUACUGUAGCUAUUCAUCCCAUGGAAUCACACAACUUAUUUAAAAUUGUGCCAUGACCAAAUCAAUAACUUAGGGAAUCUAAGAGUUACUUAUUCAUAUAGAUAUUUCUUGAAUUUAAAAAGAAUUUUUGCCUAUAUUUUAAAUAUGUAAAUAUUAUUAUACAUAAUUCACUUAGACAGAAAAUUAACUUGGAUAACAGUGACAGCUGAAGGUAGAAAUUUUAGAGGACAAGUAACUUUUGUUACUAAGCAUAAUUAAUUACAUUUGGUUAGAACUAAUGUGAGAGACACACAUCUUCCACAACUUGUCUUAUUUCAGUAAAUAGUCUCCUAUUGCUGGGCAGAAGUGGGUCACAGCAUGUAGAAACCUAUGAUUUGAAGGCACAUCUUUCUGAAAAAGGCUGAAUUGAAACAGUGACACAGAAUUAGGUAGGAAUGGCAGUACAGGUCCAAAAUGCUCGACUGAAAUGAUGCCACCUGAGUGACAGCCUCUGGGACACCUUUUGUUCAAAGGAGAAAGGAAGCCCUUUAGAGUGACACACAGCUAAAGGUCACAGUUUGUGCAAUUCAGUCAUUUUUCUGUUCAGUUCCCCCUGGGUUGAGUAAGAAAUAGUGUAAAUAGGUUUUCAUGUAAACUGGGAGGCAACAGCCCAGUUUUCCUCAAAGCACUCACUGGACAGAAUUUGAUAAUUCUGGGGUUUUAGUUGAAUCCCAUUUUUAACAGGGGACCUAAAAGCCAGAGAGAGCAGUUCUGGCAAACACACUGUUAAAUAACUUUGUGAAGAUGAAUAUCCUAGCUUUUGAAAUACUGUGACAGUUUUCACAUUAGUAAAUGUAAAGAAACAGAAGCCUUAAGAGCAGUGGUGUGAGCUCUUGCUGUUAGGAAGCAAUUGCUCACCAGACUGAGGGAGAGAUGGUGUUUAAGUUUUGACUCCAGAUUCCCUUUCUUUCAUCUAAUACUUACUAUAAUCUUUUAAGAACAAUUAAAUUCCUAUGGGUGUUUAGAAAACAUUAUUUUGGAAGCAGUGAGAGCUGGUAGCAGAUACUGCACCAGGGGGGGGUUGAGUCAAAUUUGGUAUACAGUGUAAAUAAACUUGUUGUUAAAAUGUUCCAGAUUACCUCAUUGAAAGCUUUAGGCAGUUUUAAAAAGAUUUCUAGUCUAAAUUCUGAAGAUCCUGUGGUAGUUAUCAGAGCAGAAUCCAGUGUAGCUGUAAGCAAACCUCAGUUUUGCCCUUGAAAAACUCCUGGUGUGUUCUGUCAGCUCUUCACUGAAGAGCAUUGAAAUUCAGAUAAGUUCCAAAUGCUAUUUUUGAAAAAUAUUGGAGGAGGGGAAUAGCUUUAGAGACAGGAAGUUGUGGCAAGUCUAGACAUGAGUUCUUUGCAGAUGUCUCAGUUUACAGGUGCACAUUUUUGACCAAUUUCUUUUCCUGCAUCUGUGCAGGGUGGUUCUGUAGCAAUAGGGACACUGUCUGCUUCCUUAGGGUGUGCAUCCUAAAAUCCCUGUGCAUGAAAUCUUUUAUUUGUAUUUAGUUUUAACAAAUUGGCCACAAAGUGAGGGGUGUGACUGUGACCAAUACAGUUGGUGCUGCAACUUAACCUGGGGUGUACAGUGCACAAAAGUUGUUCUCCCUUUUCAGCCAGCAAAGUCUCCUUGUUGUAUCUUCUGUUUCACUUGAAUUUUUUUUUUAAUGUCUUCUGCACAGCAAAGUGACUUGCAGUACAGCUUCACUUUGCUGUUGCCCAUUUCAGAAAAAAAUUCUGAUGGUCUUGAGCUUUUUCUUACUCAGAGCUUUAGAUAAAUUGUUUCAAUAAAUGCUUCAUCUGUCCACUGAAGUGGAUUUUAAGCACAGUUCUGGGAUUGUCUUUUGCUUUCACUCAUGAUUUUUCAGAAAUAAAAAAACCAAACCAAAACCAACAGCUAUUGAUUUGAUCAAAGAUUCCCAGUAUCUGGCAGCUUGACUUUCUGAAAUGGCAUUUUUUGAGUGACAAACUGGAUUGUUUUAAUUUUUUUUUCUUGUUUUUUUAUUUGGUAUUGAUAGCUUCUUACGGUUUAGGUUUUUAUCUUGCAAUUUUACUGUGUACUCUUGAUCCUUUUUGGUUUUUUUCCUGGCAUGUUACAUUUCUCUGUGUUGGAGAACUGUAAGUUUACAGUCCUGCCCAUAGAAUGAGAGAACAUUUGGUGGCCAGAGCCACAGAGCUGCUGGCCACUUCUGAUUUCAUUGAAUGCUUUUGCCCACGUUUGGCACAGUGAGAAGCAACGGGCUGGAGAGGAGGCAGCAGGGAGCUGUGAAUCUGGAAAAAAACCCCAUUUCUAACUCCAGCUCUGCUGAGGAUUUGCCACGAGGCCUUCCACAGGUCACUUCACUCCUUCAGUUUCUUCCUCUGUAGAUGAGGAUAUUGUCUAAAUCCUUACAACAUCCCUGUGAGGUAACUUAACUGUACAGCACUAAGUGCUACCUAUUUUUCAUUGCUCGCCUCUUUGAGGCUGGGGUCAGUUCUUCCAAACUGACAGAGGGUUCUGUGGUUGUGGUGGGAGGGCUCUCAGAGGACCAUUUUGCUUUCCAAGGGGUUGCUUGGUCUCAUUCCAUACAAACAACUCAUUCCAGAACAAACCCAGAUCCUUCCCUUCAGGAAAUUGGCAGGGCCACUGGUGUUGGGUCUUCAGGUUCAGGGUUGGAAGCUUUUCCACAGCUGCUGAAUCAAUCCUGAGCAGCAGACUCUCCACACCAGUUUGACUUUGCAGUUUUAGCCAGUUUCAGAAGGCAAAUUAGUUCCUGCUGUUGUCCCAUCAGAUUCCAAGCUAAGAGUGAAACCUAAAAACGAGGAAUUCUUAACCCUUUGAACUGAAAUAGUUUUUUUGUCUUACUGUUUAUGACUAUUCCCUAAGCAAAGUGUGUUGGUACAGGCAAUUCAAGUCCUGUUUUGUUAAAAUUUGCACUGAAUUUCUGAUUUAAAUAAAUGUAAUUAAGAUCUGUCAUACUAACUGUCCUAAAAAUAAGGUUGUAAAAACGAGAUGAAUUUUAGCCCUAAAUGCAAUUUCUUUUAGUUUCUGUCAACCUAUUUACCAUUGUCAAAUUCAGACUACAGCAUUAUGUAAUUAUGUAUAAAGUUUUUAUUUAUUUAAAAUUAGAUUAGAUAAUACAUUUUUAAAUUUAACAUCUGGCUGGACAGUGUUCCAUUAACGCAUUGAUUGUGUUUCCUUUGUCUUGUGUUAAUAAAUAUUGAUGCCUGAUUGC